AUGGACACCAAAGCCCCUGAAUACGAUUUAGUAAAGCGAGCCAUCCUACACCGGCUCAACAUCACAGAGGAAACGCACAGGGUGCGAUUCCGGGAGUACCGAAUAUCCCCGGAUACAUGCCACAGGGUGGUUGUGCAGCAGUUGUGUGACCACAUGGUGCACUGGCUAAGCCCCACCCAGAAAACGGGUCUCCAAAUGGGUGAUGCCAUAGCAGUGAUCCAGGUGUGGAUAUGGCACCACAACCCCGCCACCCUGGAAGAUGCAAUAAAACUGGAUUUUGAAGACACCCUGAUCUCAGCCCACAUGAACCUGUUCACAACUCCCAUCUACCACAGCAACUACAUUGUCACCUCUUCUCUCUCCUUUCUCCCUGUUCAGAUCCGUGAGACCCGGCAGACGAUGCGAGACUCGGAGAGUGGUCUGGAGCGCAUGUCCAUCGGGCACCACAUCCGAGAGAGGGGACACGUGAUGGAGCGAUCCAGGAACAGGAAGACUGGGGACAGAGAGGAGAGGCAGGACUUCAUUAACCUGGAGGAGAGUGAGGCAGCUGCGUUCGAUGAGGAGUGGAGGGGUGCAGCCUCGCGCUACCCCCCCCCUGGGGCUCGCUCCCUGGACUACCAGCGGGAGCGUAGUGCGGGGGGAGGGGGGCGCCUGGCCCUCGCUGCCCCCCCCAGCCGGCAGGACGAUGACAGACAGCCCUCCUCCCGCCGCUACGACUGGUGAGACACGUGCAGCACACACAACCCCACGGUACACAGAAUUGAGCCCCUUCCUCCUGCCUCUGACAGUGUUGAGAGUGAAUUUGCUGAAGGCUAAGUGAUCAGAUGCUGUAUUGUCGAUUGGAAACCAUUCAUCUGAGUCGGCCUGCAGUCACCAACUACAUUCAUUAUUGUUAUUAAUAGUACUAGAAUAUUAUGACUAUUGCAUUUUUAUUUUGUGUGCCGAUUUAUUAU